AUGACAAUCAGAUCUCAGAUAAAACGAAUCAUAGCUCUGCAUCCCUUUUACUCUCUCCUGAUCAUAAUUGUUGUGGUAUUGGCUAUAGCUGGUUGUUUGGUUCCACUGUGGUAUACCAAAGUUAGAAGAAUCGAAGAUCAAGUGAAGUUAAUUGAAGGCAAAGUUGAUCAAGAAUUGGAUUUUAGGCUGAUUCAUAGAACAUCGAUGUUAUUUUCUUCUAUCAAUUCAACAGCUACAAACUUAGUAAGAAUGUUGAAUUCAUCGUUGGGUGAUAAUAGUCUCCAAUUCUACAUUAUCAAAUCCAAGAUUGCGUCGGCAUUAUUUCAAGGAUUGUCGACAAUUCCAUACCUGAAGCAGAUUUCUUACAUUGGAUUGGACGGAUUGUUCUUUGCAUAUUAUACCCAAGGUGAUCAGCCUUAUGCACUCUACUCAAACUCUACAUUUCAAAACAGCAGCAAUAGCUACACUUGGUACGUUCAAACAGCUGAUCGAAACGCGGGAAAGUUGUAUGGUGAUGCCACUAAGUUUCCUCCAUCUGCUGUGGUGAAUUCAAGUUGGGUUCAGAAUGCACUGAACAGCACCAAUGUAUUUGUCUCGGUUGCCAGUGGUUGGGGCAAUGAUUCGGACAUUUUAUUGCUUAGUACAGCCGGAAUGCUCAGAAAAAGUGCUGUUUCUUUAGGAUUUUCGCUGGAACCUAUUGUCGAAUUUUUGGUUUCUGAAUUAGCCAUUUACAAUGGAAGCUUCUAUUUGGCUACAAAGGAUGGGAAGGUUCUGACUCAGGGAAUUCCCGGCAUGCGCAUAGUUUUGACCGAUGAUCAUGUUUCGUUGCAAUUAGUCAGUAGUGAUGGAGAUAAAGUUUAUGCAGCAGGAGACAUCACUUGUGGUUCCAACAAUGGUGGCUCUGUUCUGUCCAUUUGGGAUAGAAAGUUCGAAAUGCAUUGUUCGCAAGUCGAAAUUGCAGGACUACAAUUGGUAUAUGUGUUGGCAGUGCCGAGCAACGAAUUUUCUAGCAACAUCGACAAGAACAUCAGGUGGGCAUUUGCUUUGCUCUUAAUAAUGAUCGGCGUCGUGGUGGCGAUGAUAUGUGCUUUUGUUUAUUUGGUUGUUGAAUGCUUAAGACGAGAGAUGCAUCUGUGCCGCGAUCUGAUCAACCAAAAGGAAGCGACACAGCAAGCCGAAAGGAAAAGUAUGAACAAAAGUCUAGCCUUUGCUAGUGCAAGCCACGACAUUCGAGCAUCAUUGGCAGGGAUCAGAGGUCUAAUAGAUUUGUGUUAUAAUGAAGUUUCAAGAAGGCGGCUUUCGCUCCAAGAACUGCUGACAAACCUGUCACAGAUGGAUAGUUGCACGUUAGAUCUUGUAGGCAUAUUGAAUUCGAUUCUCGACACGAGUAAGAUAGAAGCUGGAAAGAUGCAGCUAGACGAGGAAGAAUUCGACAUGGAAGAAUUGCUGGAGAAUGUGGUGGAUUUGUAUCAUCCACUUGGUAUAAAGAAAGGUGUGGACAUAAUCUUGGAUCCAUGCAAUGGCUCGGUGUCGAAAUGCAGUCGAGUGAGAGGGGACAGAGGGAAGCUGAAGCAGAUUUUGAGCAACUUGGUGAGUAAUGCAGUGAAGUUUACGUCGGAGGGAGAUGUGACAGUUGGCGCGUGGACAAGAAAGCAGAGCCUUGAAAAUGAGAUAAUUGCUUCUAAUGUGAACAGCUCAAUGAAGUGUCUACUGUGCUUCAAGGCUGAAUCUGAAUCUGAAAGUGGGAACAAUAAUGUUAAGAGGGAUUCGAAUUGUGUCGAGUUUGUGUUUGAGGUGAGCGACACAGGCGAAGGGAUUCCCAAAGAGAAGCAAAAAGCAGUGUUUGAAAAUUAUGUGCAAGUUAAAGAAAGUGUAGCAGGGCAGGAAGGCACUGGUUUGGGGCUCGGCAUUGUGCAGUCACUGGUUCGUUUGAUGGGAGGGGAGAUAAGGCUUGUGAAUAAAGAUGUAGGGGAGAGAGGAACUUGCUUCAGAUUUAAUGUCUUCCUUAGUGCAGCUGCAGCAGUAGCAGAGACAAGAGCUCAUGAUAUUGAGUCUAAUGGCGAUGGUGUAUUGAGUGAUUCGUAUAAGUCUCGUGUUUCAGAAAGAUCACAAGUCAUACUCUUCAUCCACAAUCCAAAAAGGAGGAAAGUCGUGCAGGGAUUCAUGCAGAGAUUGGGGAUAAAAGUGAGAGUAAUUGGGGAGGACGAGCGCCUACCUUCAGCUCUCAAACAAAUUAACCAAAAGCUAAACCUGUCAUACUAUUACAACAACAGCUCUUCGACGAAUUCAAGGAGUGAUGGAGCUGCAUCGCGGACGUCCAGCAUGCGAUCAAGGGAUGUUACUUUGAGCGCGAGGGACGAAAUAAUGGACAAUGUUCUUGCAUCGAAGAAGAAGGGAAGUGCUCAUGUUCGUUCAUUCACCUUCAUUUUGCUAGUGAUCGACAUUCGUGCAGGUCCAUUUAAGGAGACCUGGAAAGCUGUAGCUGAAUUUAGAAGAGGGUUGAAUGAGAGGUGCAGUAGUAGAGCUAUUUGGCUGUAUGAUCCAACCAUGAGCAGCAGUAGCUCCCAUGCAAUGGAUAUGGAUCGGUUGCCUCGGUCAGAUUUGAUCAUCUCCAAGCCAUUCCAUGGAUCACGGCUGCGUCAGGCAGUGAGGCUUUUACCUGAACUUGGAGGGGCCAUAGCAAGAGAAGAAGAAAGAUUACCAUUAAGUAAAAGAGUGAGUUUUGGGGGAACAAGAACCAGCUCCAGCAGUGCAUCGAGUAAAAGUGGGGUGAGAGGGAAAAUUCCCAAGCACAGUUUUGGGGUAGCUAAGAAGUCUGAAAUUGAAGAGGUUGGAGGUUCAAGCAGCAAGAAUCCAAUGGAGGGGAAGAGGGUUCUUGUUGUUGAUGAUGAUCUUGUGGGGCGAAGGAUUGCGAGUGCUGUGUGUAAACAGCUUGGUGCUGAUGCAGUUACCUGUGAAAAUGGGGCAGAAGCCUGUCAGGAGUUCUACCGAAGACUGCAGCAGGAUGAUAUUGAAAAUGCUGGUCGUCCACUAUCACCUCCUUUUGAUUGUAUCUUCAUGGAUUGCCAGAUGCCUGUGAUGAAUGGCGUUGAGGCAACUGCAGAGAUUAGAAAAGCCGAGUUAAAUAAGUUUCAUACUCCAAUAAUUGCUUUGACGGCUCACCAGCAAGGAGAGGAGUUAGAAGCGAUGAUGGAGGCUGGGGCGGAUGCUUAUUUGACCAAGCCACUUAAAAAAACUCAUCUUUCCAGAGUCAUGUUUGAUCUAUACACUACAAACUAG